AUGAGAUACAGCAAAUGCAUUUGGUUGGCGUUCGAUGUCAUACAAUAUAAACCCGAUGUUCAUGUCAAUUUCUUGUUUGAAAAAGUCACUCGCUCGCCGAAGAAAAAUUAUUUUCUCCGUAAAACUAGGACAGCGGGUGGCGGGACGUUUUUGGCUACGAUGCCGGUCGCUGGCUCCCGGAUAAAUGAAACGUUGGGGUCGAAAGCUCACUCCAACAACUUCCAGCGGCCUCCAGCUCACUCCUGCGGCGCUUUACUGACGUCCCGCUACCUAUUCCAGCACCCGCUGACGCCUGACGAUCUAAUCCAGUGCCCACUGACGUCCAGCGACCAGUUCCAGUGCCCGUUAACGUCCGGAUACCGUUCCCGAACAAACGACCUAUGUCGCCUUACCAUCCACCGUUCGCAAAUAAAGACACGAUUUCCAUCGUCUACAACUGACCAUCUGCGUUUGUCAUCCUUCUUUGCUAUUGCCAUCCCCUUGCCUUUUUUACAUUUUUUAAAUAAUUUCUUUUCUAUCUAUCUAUACAUUAGUUACCUUAUUUCCCUCUUUCACUUCUCCUUUGCUUUUUCUACUUUCGCCUCCAUUUCUUUUCCAAUAUUUUCUCUCAACCUCCUUUUCUCUUCGUUUUCCUCAUUAUUAUUACCUUCUUUAUCCUUUCCACUGCUUUUUUUCUUUCGUCUCCAUUCCUUUCCUCCCAUUUCCUUUACUUCGUCUUUCUCUUUAUUUCCUGUUCUUCUUUCGCUCUUUCUUGUUUAUUUUUCCUUUCCUUUCCGUUCCUUUCUUCUCAUUUCCCCUAAUCCCCCUUUUCUUUUCGUUUUCCUCUUCUUAUUAUUACCUACUUUCCCUCUUUCUCCUCACACUAGGUUUGUUUCUCUCCUUUACUCUCACCCCCACCCAUUUCAUUUUAUCCGCUUUCUCUUCGCUUUCCACAUUAUUAUUACCUACUUUCACACUUUCUUCUCUGCCUUGCUUUUUAUUCAGUUCUAA